AGGAGGCAACGGUGAGACUGGCGGCGUCGGCGGCAGAGAAGACGAGUUCACUGAAGGCAUCGAUGAUGCGAUUCCGUUGCAGCUACCAACAGUUUGCGAAGUUGUCCGUCACAUUGGGGUGUGCACCGACAUGAGCACUGUAAGGGGCAACAGUGAGACAGGCGGCGUCGGUGACGGUGAAGCUACAGCGGAGGGAGAAAACAGUUGCAAGCCGUAUCCAGUCCAGCAGGGAUCUUCCAGAUUGGUUUUUUUUAUUUUUAUUUUUUGUUAUGCUUGGCUUCGUCAUCGGUGUUGCGGAGUAUUCACUUUCCCAUUUCCUUUCAGUAUGGACACAAGCUUUGAGAUGAAUGAGAUUCUGCUUCUAAAUGAUGUGGAUGGGUUGGGCCCUCGAUCUAACCCAAGUUGGGCGGCACAGAUGGACGACGAAGACAGGGCGGAACAGGAGGUUGUCGAGAUGGACACUAGCGAGAUCGUCCCGAUCGCAGCCCUAGAAGAGUCGUCUAGCUACGGGAACUCUGUUGGCAUAGUCCUUACAGAGUUGCCCAAGAGACCUGCCGGCAUAGUCCCGCAGGAGGUGUCCAGUGUGGGCAACGCAGCCCUAGAAGAGUCGUCUAGCUACGGGAACUCUGUCGGCAUAGUCCUUACAGAGUUGCCCAAGAGACCUGCCGGCAUAGUCCCGCAGGAGGUGUCCAGUGUGGGCAACGCAGCCCUAGAAGAGUCGUCUAGCUACGGGAACUCUGUCGGCAUAGUCCUUACAGAGUUGCCCAAGAGACUUGUCGGCAUAGUCCCGCAGGAGUUGUCCAGUCUUCGGAGCACGUCAGAAGAGUCGUCUAGCUACGGGAACCCUGUCGGCAUAGUCCUUACAGGGUUGCCCAAGAGACCUGUCGGCAUAGUCCCACAGGAGUUGUCCAGUUUUCGGAGCACGUCAGAAGAAUCGUCUAGCUACGGGAACCCUGUCGGCAUAGUCCUUACAGGGUUGCCCAAGAGACCUGUCGGCAUAGUCCCACAGGAGUUGUCCAGUUUUCGGAGCACGUCAGAAGAAUCGUCUAGCUACGGGAACCCUGUCGGCAUAGUCCUUACAGGGUUGCCCAAGAGACCUGUCGGCAUAGUCCCACAGGAGUUGUCCAGUCUUCGGAGCACGUCAGAAGAAUCGUCUAGCUACGGGAACUCUGUCGGCAUAGUCCUAACAGGGUUGCCCAAGAGACCUGUCGGCAUAGUCCCACAGGAUUUGUCCAGUCGCCGGUUUCCUUCUGGUAACACCCAGAGGAACCAGUUUAGUCAUGGCGACUCCUCGGUAAACCGCCAGACCGGUGCGUGCGGUUUCGGAGUCGCCGCGUGUGUACGCCGGAAGAUCUCGAAGGAUGGAUCUCGGGGACCUUUCAGGCGUGGCUCUGAAGGGUGCCGACCCUCAAGUUCUCGCCGUUGGGAGAGGUCCCAGCGUUGGAAAUUAGGUAAGUGUCUGAGCGAGCGGUGA